AUGCAGUUUCUUUCAAAGUCUUUGUUCAUUAUAAUUUGUAUAUUGUUAACAAUUUCUUCUAGUAGAGCUGCAGGUGUGAUUUGUAAAGCUGGAAAAGAUACCCUCUAUGUAGGCAAGUUCAAGAGCCAAUUCACGACGGUUCAAAGCGCCAUUGAUGCCAUUCCUGAAAACAAUGAUCAGUGGAUCAAAAUUAAGAUUAGCCCCGGAUUCUACACAGAGCAAGUAUCAAUUCCGGCAAACAAACCAUGUGUAGUUCUUGAAGGAAACAGUUCUCGUACGACAAAAAUAACCUAUAAUGCACAUCAAAGAACAGAUACUAGUGCAACUUUCUCCUCAUUUGCAGAAAAUAUUGUUGCAAAGGGCAUUACUUUCGAGAAUUCAUAUAACAUUGCAGAAGGGCUAAACCUGCGGCAAAAACAAGUAGAUUUCGGUGCAGCAAAAUCAUGGGACUCCCCAGCCCUAGCACAAGCAUUAGCAGCAAGAAUUUAUGGUGAUAAAUCAGCUUUUUUUGGUUGUGCUUUCAAAGGAGUACAAGAUACAUUAUGGGAUGUCCAAGGCCGCCAUUUCUUCUCCAGAUGUUACAUAGAAGGAGCUGUAGAUUUCAUUUUCGGCAAUGGACAAUCUGUUUAUGAACGUUGUGUGGUGAAUUACACUGGUGGGUUAAUAUUUCCUGGAGAAUCAGUUGUCGGGUAUAUAACAGCUCAGGCACGAGAAUCUUCCAAUGAAACGACCGGGUUCAUAUUCAGACGAGGCAUAGUUACAGGCAGUGGGCAAGCUUAUCUCGGACGAGCCUACCGUCCUUAUUCUAGAGUAUUAUUCUUCAACACAUGGUUUUCUCCUAUUGUCACUUCUCCAGGAUGGGAUGCCUGGAAUUUCCAGGGACAAGAAAGCAAUUUGGUGUAUGGAGAGAUUGGGUGCGAAGGUCCAGGGUCUGACACUUCAAAGAGAGUAUCGUGGGAAAAGAAGUUUGGUCCCCGUGACCAACAGUCGGUGAAUCAACAGUUUUCAACCUCACUUUUCAUCAACCAAGAUGGCUGGCUUACCAACUUACCUCAAUGA